CUCGCAAGUCGCAGCUGUACCACGCAACACACUAUUUUUUUAAUAGUAAGCUACACUGGUAAUUUAUCGAGUUUAUUCAAGUUUAAUACUAUAAGUAAUAAUUAUAGUGUAUUAGUGUUCACUGUUCACAUUCAAGUCUCACUAGUCACUACCUAUAUCGACGGUGACAUUGUGCCAAGGUAAAUUUUAUCAUAUAUUUCCUUCUUCCGGGUUCGUUUGUAUUUUACAUCUUAUUAUAUUUUCUCAAAAAGCCUGCUCAAAAGUUAUAAAAAUGUCGUGUCUAAGUGUAAUUUCUCGUAACUUCUCAAGUUCUUCUGUAGCUCGUGCAGCUAUUAAAAAUGUUACCGUUGUCGGAGGUGGUUUAAUGGGCUCUGGUAUCGCCCAAAUAUCUGCUCAAACUGGUCACAAUGUGACAAUUGUUGAGCUCAACCAAGAAGUUUUAGACAAAACUCAUAAGAGCAUUCAACAGAGCUUACAAAGAGUCGCUAAAAAGGUUUACAAGGAAAAACCGCAAGAAGGUGAGAAUUUCGUUUCAGAAACUUUAUCAAGAAUUAGUACUUCCACAAACAUAGCUGAUGUAGUACAAAGUUCAGAUUUGGUGUUGGAAGCCAUUGUUGAAAACUUAUCUAUCAAACACAAACUCUUUAAGUCUAUAGAUGACAUAGCACCAGCAAAGACUAUAUUUGCUUCCAAUACAUCAUCACUGUCUAUCGGUGAAAUUGCAGCUGUAUGUAAGAGGAAGGACAAAUUUGCCGGUUUACAUUUUUUUAACCCUGUACCAGUGAUGAAAUUAUUAGAAGUUGUCAGAACUCCAGAAACAUCUGACGAAACUUAUGAAAAAUUAAUGGCUUGGGCAAAAGCUAUUGGUAAGACAGCCAUUACUUGUAAGGACACUCCUGGAUUUGUAGUCAACAGACUUCUUGUUCCAUUGAUAGCUGAAGCGAUAAGAAUGAUGGAGAGAGGUGAUGCUUCUCCUAAAGAUAUCGACAUAGCCAUGAAGUUAGGUGCAGGACACCCAAUGGGACCUAUUGAAUUGGCUGAUUAUGUUGGACACGAUACUACUAAUUCAAUUUUAGGCGGAUGGCAUGAAAAAUUCCCUGAGAAUCCAUUGUUCAACCCACUACCAUCGUUACAGAAAUUGGUUGGUGAAAAAAAAUUGGGUGUCAAGACUGGCGAAGGAUAUUAUUGUUAUAAGAAAUAAUAUUCUUCUUUAUAACUAUUGUUUGGGGGCAGAAAUAUAUUAUUGUUUUAAUUUUAUUUGUAUACUUAUUAAAUUUGUAGUAAUGAUUGAAAAAUCAAAUUAUUUUUGUAUUGGCACUUACCUAUUGUUUUAUUUAAAUAUAAAGCAAAAUCUAACAAAAUGUUAAUAUGUUCAUCAGUUUUAAAUAUAUAUAU